AUGGCUGCCCCUGCAUAUGGCCUGAGCUCACGGCGACCCUCAGCCUUGGGUGUCCUCCUGCUCCUGUUCUUGCUGGGGCCCCCCAGUCGGGUUAUGACCACGGUUCAUGAACAGCCCAAGAGCCAGGGAGAUUCCCUGAGCAAAUAUGUGGCCUGUGGUAAGCGGCCUAUACAGGGUAAGAUCCUAGGCGGAGCACCUGCCCCCAAGAGAAAGUGGCCGUGGCAGGUCAGCGUGCAUUAUGCCGGCUUCCAUGUCUGUGGUGGCUCGAUCCUCAACGAGUACUGGGUGCUGUCAGCCGCUCACUGCUUCGGCAGAGAGAAGAGGUUUGAAAUGUUUGACUUGUAUGUGGGCAUCAUCAACCUCAGGGUAGCUGACACGUACACCCAGUGGUAUGAGGUGAACCAGGUGAUCUUGCACCCCACCUAUGAACUGUUCCACCCCAUUGGAGGAGAUGUGGCGCUCGUGCAAGUGAAGACCCCCAUUGAGUUUUCUGACUCCGUGCUCCCCAUCUGCCUAGCACCUCCCAACGUGAACCUUACCAGUGUUUCUUGCUGGGCUACUGGAUGGGGACUAGUCUCACAACGAGGCUUUUCCUUGGAUGAGCUGCAGGAGGUCCAACUGCCUCUGAUCCCCAAGAACCUCUGCCAGCUGCUCUAUGGAUACUCAUCUUUCAUUCUGCCAGACAUGCUGUGUGCUGGGGACAUCAUGAACAUAAAGACCGUAUGCGAAGGUGACUCUGGGGGCCCUCUGGUGUGUGAAUUCAACCAUACCUGGUUACAGAUUGGAAUCGUGAGCUGGGGCCGUGGGUGUGCCCAACCCAUGUAUCCCGGAGUCUAUGCCCGCGUCUCCUAUUACUCCAAUUGGAUCCGUUAUCACAUAGAAAUCACACCUGUUCCUCUUCAGCCAUCUCCCGCUCUUUCUCCAUCUCUAGAAGCUGCUCAUCUUGUUCUUGUGAUCAUGCUGGUUGGCUUGUCAGUGUUGUGA